AUGGCGUACCAGACUUUAAGGAAUGAGUACAUGAAUAUGCCCCCCGUAACGAGGGCAUAUACCACUGCUUGUGUUAUUACAACUCUAGCUGUGCAACUGGAAUUGGCUUCCCCGUUUCAACUCUAUUUUAAUCCAAUUUUAAUUGUGAAGCAAGGUCAACUAUGGAGGCUGGUAACAACAUUCCUUUUCUUUGGGACAUUUGGCUUCAACUUUUUUUUCAAUAUGAUAUUCACAUAUCGAUACUGUAGAAUGUUAGAAGAAGGUUCAUUUAGGAAUAGGACAGCUGAUUUUGUAUUGAUGUUCCUCUUUGGAGCAGCUUGCAUGAUUGGUUUUGCAUUUUUUGUUAAUUUAUUAUUCUUAGGGCAGGCGUUUACAAUAAUGUUAGUGUAUGUAUGGUCUAGGCGAAACCCAUUUGUUGGAUUGAAUUUCUUUGGACUCCUGAAUUUUCAGGCGCCAUAUUUGCCGUGGAUCCUCUUGGCAUUUUCUAUAAUUUUAGGAAACGCGGUGUAUGUAGAUUUAAUGGGUAUUGCAGUGGGGCACAUAUAUUAUUUUUUAGAGGAUGUGUUUCCAAACCAAAGAGGAGGUGUCAAAAUAUUGAAAACACCAAGUUUCAUGCGGAUACUAUUCGAUGCUCUUCCUGAAGAUGCAGACUACCAAAGAUUGCCAGAAGAAAACCCCGGUGGCUUUCAGUGGGGAAACCAGAACGAUGUUCAAAAUCAAGAAGACGCUGAUAACAAUGCAGAAAAUCGAUAGAAAUAGCUGACGGUUGACCUCAGAUAUUGUAACUUGCUUUAAAUAGCGUUUUUAGUUAUAGUUUAUAAAAGAGAAGACAAUUUAUGUAUAUGCAAAACAAUUAUCGUUAUUUGCCUAAUUGAUUUAAAAUAUUUACAAGUUUUAAAUAGGUUGUAGAUAUUGCUUAACUUUUGAUAUUUGUAUUGCCAUAGGGUUCGUCUUACAAACUAAAUUUAAUGUGGGAGAAUUUGAGACUGCAAGAAUGUCCAAGAUAUUGGGACUGCAUUGAUGUCUACUAUUGCGAUAUUUAGUAGAAAAGCGGCUCAAUGUUAAUACCUCAAUAAUCUUAACAGUAUAGUAAGUAAUCAGAAUUCCUCACCCGAAACUAAUCCGAAUUCCUUACCCGAAACUAAUCAGAAAUGCCGUCGUUUUUGAUAAAUAGUUGAAAUUCUUACUUAUUUAUUAUUUUAGGUACUUCUGCAUUCAAGUUAUUGCUUAUGUAGAUUUCCUUUAUUUUUCGUUCUGCAAGCUUACGUUCCCUUAUCUAGUUACCACAUUAUUAAACCGUAGAACAUAUAAAUGUUCUAUGGUUUUCAGGAGAAGAGCAUACAACGAUAAUUGUUCUACAUUUACUAUAUUCCGUUGGUUGAUUACUUAAAUUGUGACUAAAAUAUAAUUCUAUGAUAUUAAACAACUGAAACAACAGAAUGCUCCAUAUACUAGUGGCCAAAAUUCUGGAAACUUUACAAAAUUUUUAGAUUUAUUAGCAUCACUAUUUUUCACACUUAAUGUUAUUUACGAGAUUAUCUAUAAUUUUUUGCAUCGUUUUAUGCUUCUACUUAAUAUUUAACAUAUAUUUUAAGAGAAGAAACCCUCUAAAAAUUUAAAAAUAAAUCAAACAGUUAUUAUCACUAGAUUAAUUUAAAAAAUGGCACAAUAUUUUUAUUAUGAAGAAAAUUAAUAUUUGGUGGAAUAAUCUUUAUUUUUUAGCACGGCUCGAUUCUGAGAUGCAUGGAGUUCACCAGACGAACCAAAUCUUUUGGUGUAAUAAACUAUUGUAUAUAGUACAUACUAUAGUAUUGUAAUAUACCAUAAUAAUAGCUUAUUACUAUGGCAAUAGAUUUAUUGAUGCAAGAUUUUCUAUUCGAUUUAGAUUGGGAAUAUUUCCAGACCAAGGCAAAAUGAGAACGUCAUAGUUUUUCAACCAUUACAUUGGUUGUAUAACAGGGCGGUCCAUCCUGCUGGAAGAUUCAUUUUUGAGCAUCCCCUUUAAACAAAUCUCUGAUAGUCGGCAGCAGUUUAACUUGUAUUAUUUCUUCCUAUGAUUUUUUUUACACUAAUAUUGCCCUAUAUUAUAUAGUGACUUAAAACCGGGGGAGUGUACUAAGAUUUUUGCCUGUGUUUUUUGUUCAAGACCGGCUUCUUUCUUGGGGUUCUUGUUCGCAAUUCAUUUUCACAUAACUUUCUUCUGAUAUUUAUAAGGCAGUUGAUUUGACAAUAGAAUUAAUAUCUUUUGCGGAUCUGCGAUGAUCUUUUAAAGACAAGCGGUAUAUUCUGAGCUCAUCGAAUUGACUAACUUUUGGUUUUCUACCGGUCGUUUUGGUGAUUUUGUCAUUUCCCGUAUUAUAAUAACGUUAACAAACUGUCAUUAAACCUGAUUUUGUCAUGCCACUACCCAAUUUGUUUGCCAAUUCUUACAUUAUUCACGGAGGAUAAUUGCUUUGGCUCUCUUUCCUGGUGACCAGUCAACACGUUUUGGGUUUCUGGGAGUCAUUUUCAUUGAAUAAACACUGAUAUGUCCCUCUCGGAAAAUUAAAAAAUAUCACCUUCGUAACAACUACUUAAAGUCAUUAAUAAACACUGGAAGUUGCAGUAAGCUGUUGAUGAUGGGAAGACCUGGUUCGUUUCUGUGACCCGGGUCUUCCAGGUCAUUCAUUAAAAUGAUCCGUUCAUAAAGAUCCGUUUAUAUGAACUACUAAUUAAAUUUGUCGUUUUAAAGUUAAGUGUAUAGAGUAGAGUUUAAUAUUGAUUUGUUUAUGAAUCUUUCUGAGAGUAUAUAUGAAUUAAUGAUAAUGCAGAACCCCUUCAUAGAGAUUCGUUCAUUAGAACGAAUUAUAAUAUUUAAUUAUAUUGUUGUUUACGUGUAGAAUUCGAUAUUGUUACUAUACAUUUAAGAAUGAAAUAUGGUUUAAGGCUGACAUUAAGAUUUGUAUUUAUUAAAUCAUCUUCAGAAAUCAUUGAAAUAUAAAAAAAAAUACUUGAAAAAGUUAUGUAAAAUUACAAAUUCCAUAUUGUUAUGUUCAUGAAUGAAUGAUAACAAUUAAAUGGAUUCUAAUUCUUCCAAAUUCAUAAACAAAACAGACUACGGGACUAUCGACUCGACAAUUCGAAUGUAUAUAAUUUUACAGUUUUGCAGCCGGGUUUGGCCGUUCUGGAAAACUGAAAUCAGCGUUUGAACGAUCCUUUGCGGUUCGCGGUUCAUGAAUUAAUUUGACCGAGCAACGUGUCGCGAUCACACAGUUCGUUUCGUAAACACUAGACAGCGACAUUCAUAGGGUCAUUCGAACGAUUGGGUCACAGAAUGUGAUUGUAUCAAUCACGGGUCUUCGAAAAGAUCAAAUCUUUGCGAAUGGAUCGUUCGCGACCUUCUCAUCGCUAGAAGCUGUACUAAACGCUUUCAAUUCGACGACCAAAUCACGCUACUCGUCGUUGACUGACUAGGGAAAUUAAACACUAGAAAUACAUUAUUUCCAGUGGUGCCGUACAAAUCUCGAAUUUUCAUACUUUGCUUGCAUUCGUUUCCAUAUUUUAUUAAAUAUAUAUAUAUAUAUAUAUAUAUAUAUAUAUAUAUAUAAAGCAAUAAAAUCAUCACAAGAUCAUGAGAGAAGUGUUGCUGGAAAAAGAAUAAUUUUUGAAAAGUUUCCAGAUUUUUGGCCUAGCGUAUAUAUACGAAAGAUUGAAUGUAAGUAAAUAUGUGAGCGGCUGCCCCCAAAGGUCACUGUAAUAUUUUUACACCGAUUGAUGCUCCGCAAAUUGCACAGUGACAGUCGUAAUUGGUGAAGUUGUGUUUAGCAAACACAGUUGAUCUUAAACAACUCACAAUAUCGCAGAUUAAGAGUAUUAAAACAUUUAUACAUUUUUUUUUUCUUAAUACAAUACUUAGCUAACAAUAUUUGCGGAUAUUUCUGGAAGUAGGGGGUAACAGUAAUAGGAAACUUAGGCGUCACAGCUAAAGUGUCCCACUAGGAAUACCGAACUAUGUGCGGAAAUUGUAAUCUUCAGUAAGAACUGUUGACAAUUGAGCUAAAUAAUUGAAUUUUUGAAAUUCUGUAUAUUCACGAGGGAAGUUCGGCUGUUCCUGAUUCACUCGCUCAACAUCUGCUUAAGUCGCUCAAGUCUUUAUCGAUUCAAACUGACUUAAAGGUAAGUCGUUGAGUUUAGAGUAUUUCCAUUUUUUAGAAUCUUUCCGGCAAGCUUUACAUACAACUUUACGAUACAUACAUUUCCUUGAUUUUCAUCUGCCUUUAGAUAUUUUUGGUCAGUAGUCUAAAAUCUUGGCUUCUCAAUAUUUGGCAUCCCUAAAUAGAUUAUGAAUCAACAAAUUCUAAAGGUUCGGAAUCAACUGAAUGUUCCCCUUCCUCUUAUUCCCUCUGGUUGCGCUGUUAAAAAAGUCGCUAUAUAGGUAUCUUAUGCUAGAAUUUAACCACCUUUCCAUUCGACCUAAGAAAUCUAGUGUGGCUCAUUCCUAGAUUAAAUUUGCCUUUUUAACAAAGUGUCUUAUGACCAUUAGUGACACUUCUACGAAGUUCUAGGACUGGAGUUGAUAAUCCUAGAAUGUAUUGAGCCUUAUCCGAUCCAACCCUGGGCAGUUACACAGAAAGUGUUUCGCCGUCUCGUUUUUAGCCUGAAAACAUGUUCCAGACAACACACAACCCAAACAUUUAUCAGAACAUGUUUUUGUUCAGAAAAUAGUUGGGGACUUUAGACGCGACCUGUAUAAUGUAUUAGAAUUGAUUAAUUCUCCUUCUCCGCUGUCCUUUAUAGUUUAUAAGGAUGUGGUGAUGUUAUUGUACUCUACUUAUGGUUUUUGUGUAUUCUUCUCUCACCUGCGCCUGGUGUGCUGCGAUGGUAACCAUCGAAAUGGCGAUUUUCCUUGAUUGCUUUUAACAUCUACUUUUUCUCUAACCACCAAUAUAUCUAUGCCUUUCCUUCGUCUGACUAUUUGUCCAAAUAACCUCAAUAUAUUUUGUUUGAUGAUUGUUGUAAGCGUAUAAGUUCAUCUGUUGAUGUUGCUAAUAUUAACGUGUCGUCAGCAUAGCUGAGAUUACGGAUUUUUCGACAACUGCCUGUUAUUGCUUCUUGCCAUCCAUCAAAUACAAUGGCAUAGGUACAGUUGUGUUAGUAUGUUUAUUGGAUGUUCGGGGGUACCAUUUUUUUAGUAUGCCACACAUUUUCUGCCACUUUACGUUGUCUAAUGCUUUUGAGUAAUGAAGCAUAAAUAAAUUUCUACACUUUUCUAUAAUUUGUCUCUAAUUCGUCCAAUCUCUGUUUGAAUACGCUACGGAUCACACUGAAAGUUUUAUAGUUUUCUAGUAAUUCCUCAAUCGUGGUUUUUUCAUUCGUCGGCAUUUGAGAUAUUUUUGUGGAGUGAACUCUCCGAAUAGCUACCAGGAGUUAACUUAUUAGUGUUGAGGUCAGAGGUCGAAGUAGAAGGUUGACCAACAACGCUACAUACGUCAACACUCGACCGGUUUUGGGUGGGCUAAACCUACAUACACACAUCAACCGUCGGAACCAACGUUGUCGGUCACGACAGUUGGGUGGUUUAGUCGUGUGUAGGUGGUUUAAACUGGCAAUGGGAUUUGUCAUGACUUGACAUGUAUGGAAUGCCAGACAAUUUGUAAGCAAAAUUGUGUAAACGUUAACGACUAAAGUUGAUAUCAUGUGAAACCUGACAUCGACAGCAAAAUUAUAUUUUGUUUACACUUGCAAAGACAAAAAACGUACAUGUAACUUUUUAUAUUUGAAAUUAUACAUCUCUUCUUUCUCUUUUUGAAGUAAACAGGUAAUUAUAACAUGCACGUGAAUUAAUUUCAUCGUUUUUGAAAUUUUUCUAGGUAUGCAUUGUUUAGUUGAGGAUUAUUCAGCUCUUGCAAUAAUUAGAAGUUAUGACAUAGCACACUUAGUUAAAAAAUUGCAUAUUCUGCAUCUGUUAAUAAAAUUAAUAUAAUUAGGUAUGUGUUUUUUAAUAUUAUUUCUAGAAUUUAUUAGUUUCAAAUUAAUUUUUUUAUUUAUGGCAUAUAAUGUGAACUGAAAAUUGAUUUUUAAAACUUUAUUAUCUUGAAUUGAAUUACUUGAAUGACUAUUAAAAGACUAUUCUCAAUUUGAAAAUGCAUGAUAGCACAGUUUGUAUGACAGAAGAUUACAACGAUAUUUAUAUACCUCUCAAAGCAGAAAAAUUAUAAGUAUAGUUACCUUCUUGUCUUAGUUAUGUACAAGAAUUUAUAAAAAAAAUACGAGCACCCCGACAAACUUCAAAUACAAUACUAGCUAAAAUGUAAAUGAGCUGUGUCAUAAAAAUUGUACUAUCAGUAAUUUUCAAACGCAGUAUACUAGGUAUAUAUUCGCACAAAAAAAUUCCAAGUAUAAACAACACAUUAUGGUGUACACGGUCGCACUGAGAACUGUGGACGAUUUUGUAUUGACAAUUUUAUUAAUUUACUAAAAAUAAUAUUUUGUUUUUUAAAUAAAACAAAUAUUAGUAGCUACAAACGUUUAAAAGUGAAAAUCUAAUAGAGGUGUUUAUAUCGACUAAAACCUGUUUACUCAUAGCUGGUAUUUUGUAUUGAUAUAUUGGUUACCAGCUUACAAUUCGUGUUAUGGCAUUACUUCUUCCUGACGUUUCGUCUACGACAGCAUCAACGGUAAUGCGACAACGUUUGGAGUUGUCUUACGGACGGCGACUGAGUGAGUGAACAUUGCCACAUAGUCUUUUAUGUAGACCUCAACCUUUAACCUGCAAGAAGUAAUUCUAGACUAUGGUCUAAAAGUCUGAAAUCCAAUAUAUCGCUAUAAAAUUUUGGCCAUAUUUUGAAACGUUUAAAAGGUAAUAUUUGAAUAUGAAAACGAAAUCUUAGUCUAAUCAUUCGUUUUGUUUGGGAUUUUAUUCUGUGAAUAUGAUUUAUUUAUUAUAAUAUUGAUUUGUGUAAAAGAUAUACUGUAUCUGUGGGUCAGAUAUGUCAGUUAUGUAAUAUUAAAUAAGCCAGAUGGCACUUUUAACCACAAAAUGUAUAGUGUCAAAAGUUCUAUUUCCUUAUCUUGUGAUAAUAUAAGAGUAACGAAACAGUAGGUUUUUGUUAAUAUUUUUCCUUAUUUAUGGGUGUAAUUAUAAUAAAAUUUUU